UAUACCGCAUCGCGCGAUGCUGGACCUCAAGAGCAGCGGUACCACCGCGGCGGAGCUACCACGCACCACGGCGUUCACCAAUCUAUCGAUGCUGUUCGCCGAUGCUAGCAGCUCUUAUAAGGGAGGUUGGAGCCACGCCACGUCGCCGGCACCUGGUCAGGGCUAUGGAAGCAGCUUAUCAAAGACAGCACUGGACACGCACAGCCAUCUCAGGCAGCCUGAUCCCUACCAAAUGUUCGGGGCGACGAGCAGUCGUCUCGCAAGCUCUGGUUCCGGACAAAUACAGCUCUGGCAGUUUCUACUCGAGCUUCUGUCGGAUUCAAGUAACGCCGCGUGUAUCACGUGGGAAGGAACCAAUGGUGAAUUCAAGUUGACCGAUCCCGACGAGGUGGCGAGACGAUGGGGCGAGAGGAAGUCCAAGCCUAACAUGAAUUACGACAAAUUAUCGAGGGCCCUGAGGUAUUAUUACGACAAGAACAUCAUGACGAAGGUGCACGGCAAGAGGUACGCGUACAAGUUCGAUUUCCAGGGGCUGGCAGCCGCGACGCAGCCGGCGGCGGCCGAUCCGGCGGCGUACAAAUACCAGAGCGAGCUCUUCAUGUCCGGUUACGGUCACGCCAAGUUGAACCUGAUGCCGCCGCCGGCGGCGUCGGUCUCGGUUUCCGUUCCCGGCGGCCUCUUCCAAUCGGCAUCGAGCUACUGGUCGACGAGCCCGGGCGCCAACUUGUAUGCCGGCCAUCACACGGCCUCCGGACACGUGCCACCUCAUCUCGGCACCUAUCCGCAUUACGCAUGACCCACCGCCGAGCACUGGGGUGCUCUGGGCACACCGCGUUGAAAUGUUUCUAC